AAGGAGGAGGAGGAGGAGGAGGAGGAAGAGGAAGAGGAAGAGGAAGAGGAAAAGGAGGACGAAAUACUCCUUAAUAUUGCAGCAAGUGUGGCAAUGAUUUCACAAUUCCGCUUGUCCUGCGACCUCUUGUCACUUGUCCCCUCCCCUUUCCCCUCUCCUUGUUAUUGUGUCAGUAAUGUUCCUGUCAAGGUGGACAGAAGCUCCCCCUUCCUUCACCCUCCACCUCCUUUCGUAGCCUGUCUCGUUGAAAGGCGACGCCACCAUCCCCUUAUAGCCCUCAUCUUACCCACGUACAUAAAAAGCUUGCAUGCACGCGGUGGACACGAAAUGUCCGCGGGCACGCAUGGACACGUGUCCGAUGACUCAGCCGCAAUCCGAUUGGCUAUUGCCACUACCGCCGCCACCGCCUCUAGCCUGUCUUAUCGUGGCGCAAAUCUCACCCGAGGAGGCACAUUUGCACAGAGUAGCGAGUAA